CGGGACCGACCCCCUCAAAGUGAAGCACAAUCCCACUCUCUGGUCCCAACUCAUUUCUCUGUGCUCCUUCGAGUCCAGAAGCAACAAUGCUGGAGAACAUGUCCAGACGUAACCGCUCCCUGCUGUCACUUACCCUCACCUCAUUGGCCCUCACCCUGUCCGUCUGGGCCUUCUGCACCUCCUAUUGGUGCGAGGGAACACACAAGGUGGUGAAGCCUCUCUGCCUGUCACCUGUCAAGUUGAAGAACUGCGGGCAGAACAACAGCCAGCCGUACACCACAGAGGCGCCCACCCCGGACCCGAGGCAACCUCCCACCAACGUGACGCUCUCUCCGCUGCAGAAGGAGGAGCUGGCCCAGACAAAGAGAAAGCAGCUGGCCAACGCCGUCCACUACAUCUGGGAGACGGGCGAGGAUAAGUACAUGCUGCGCUACUUCCACACCGGCUUCUGGCUCUCCUGUGAGAAGCACAAUGAAGGUAAGGAUCAGGAAGAAAAGUGUCGCAGCUUCAUUGAGCUGACGCCAGGAGAAACACAAGGUGUACUCUGGCUUUCAGUCAUCAGUGAGUUUAUGUACAUCAGUCUUCUGGCUUUAGGCUUCCUGCUCAUGUGUGUGGAAGUGAUUUGCCUCUGUGCCAAGAGGGAGAUGAACGCCCUCAAGAUCAAUGCCUACGCCGCCAUGUGCACCGUCCUCUCAGGUUUGAUGGGGAUGGUGGCACACAUGAUGUACACCACAGUGUUUCAGAUGACCGUGAGCAUCGGGCCCAAAGACUGGAGGCCACAGACCUGGGACUACGGAUGGUCUUUUGCCAUGGCGUGGCUGUCGUUCAGCUGCUGCAUGGCGGCCGCCGUGGCCACGCUCAACUCCUACACCAAGACCCUCAUCGAGAUGAAGCACCGCGCCCGGCUGAGGCUGGAGGAGGUGCGCGCCGCUUCCUGCGCCCCCUCCUAUGAGGAGGUCGUUCGAGCCAGCAGUGGAGGAGUCUACUCAGUCAGUCAGCUGAUUCAGCUCGGCCAGCAGGGGGCGUUCAUGGACCCUCUGUGGCCCCGAGGAAUGGGACCAGCGGGUGGAAUGGGAGGUGGGCGGCUGGUGGACCCUCAUGGCAUGGUGGUGGUGGAGGGAUGUGGCGCUGAAGGCUGCGAAGACUGUGAGCGGGAGAUGGACGAGAUAGACUACGCUCUGCAGGAGGAGAGAGAGGACUCGCUCUGCUGA